CCCCUUCACUAUCCUGUGCCAGAGGCACCGGGUACCUUAGGCCUUAGGGCGUGGGGGACACCGCCAAGUACCCACUUGGCUUUCUCCCUCUCCAUUUUUCCGCUUUGGGGUGCCGGGAGGGGGGCCCUCUUUUUCCACCUCUCUGCUAGUUUGAUUGAGCUUUAUACUAUGGGGCCCAUCCUCCUCUGUAGACCCUUCCUUUGGACACAACAAUGCUUACCGCUUCACAGGGCCCGCUUACCCGCAACAGAGUACCCUUAAGGGCUAGGCCUACUUUCUCCACCACCACCCCCGCAAUCCUGCCGUCGCUCUGCUAUUUGCACCUCCAUCUCUUAUUUGCAAGAGGCUAGCUUUUUCGCGUGAAUUGACGUUUAAAAACUCAAUUGCAUCUGCGUUCAAACGAAGAAGGGGGAGAUGGUGGGAGAGAGAUGUGCAGCAGCUGCAGGGAGCCCUGUGUUGUUGGUUUGUUUCUCCCUCUGGCCCGUGGCUUUUAUCUCUUCCCUAAUGUCACCAGCUCUCUAAAGCAGUCAACAACCAAAGAUAUGUUACAUAAUGCUGUAGGAUGUCUUUUUCGUAGUCAGGUCGAAAAUCUCUGUGGAAGAAAGGUUUGAGACCCACUUGGGUUGAUCCUGGGCUAACCCUGACCAGCUGGAUACCUAAACAAAAUGAAACCAGAGGAUGUGCUGACUUCUCUUGGUGCUCUGUUUAACACUGCACCUCUGGAAAGUGUGCGGGGCAGAAGAGAAGAGUAAGAGGCAUGGAGAGUAGAAAACUGAUUUCUGCUACAGACAUUCAGUACUCCACCAGUCUGCUGAACUCCUUGAAUGAACAGCGUGGCCAUGGACUCUUUUGUGAUGUUACUGUUAUUGUGGAAGACAGAAAAUUCCGGGCCCAUAAGAACAUCCUUUCAGCCUCCAGUACAUACUUCCAUCAGCUCUUCUCGGUUGCUGGGCAAGUUGUUGAAUUGAGCUUUAUAAGGGCUGAGAUUUUUGCAGAAAUUCUGAACUAUAUCUACAGUUCCAAAAUCGUCCGUGUUAGAGCAGAUCUACUUGACGAGUUAAUUAAAUCAGGGCAGUUACUAGGAGUGAAAUUUCUAGCAGAGCUUGGUGUCCCGCUGUCACAGGUUAAAAGCAUCUCAGGUACAGAACAGGGUGACACUACUGAGCCCUUACCUUCUAGUGAUAGUGACAAAAGCCUUGACAUAGAAAAAUCAAAAGAUGACACCCAAGAUAAUGGGGCUGCAGUAAUGCCCAUUAUAACUGAGUCUUUUUCACUAUCUGCUGAAGAUAAUGAAAUGAAAAACAUCAUUGUUACUGAUUCAGAUGAUGAUGAUGAUGAUGAUGAUGAUGUCAUUUUCUGCUCUGAAAUUUUGCCUGCAAAGGAGGAUUUGCCAAGUAACAACACAGCAACAAAGGUCCAGCCUAACCCAGCCUCUGUUGCUAUUUCGGAAGUGACACCUGGCGCUAGCAGUAACUCUCCCCCCGUAACAAGCAUCACACCUCCUCAACUUGCCACUCCUGUGAAUCAGGCAACUCUAAGCCAAACACAAGGAAGUGAAGAAUUGCUAGUGUCUUCAGCUUCAACACAUCUGACUCCUAACAUUAUUUUGUUAAAUCAGGCUCCACUUACUGCACCACCAAGUGUCAGUUCUUCACUCCCAAAUCAUAUGUCCUCUUCAGUCAAUUUACUUGUACAGAAUCAGCAGACACCUAACACUGCUGUUUUAACAGGAAACAAGGCUGAGGAAGAGGAAGAAAUUAUAGAUGAUGACGUUGACAUCAUUAGCUCUAGUCCAGACUCAGUAGUCAGUAAUACAUCUUUGGUCCCACAGGCUGAUACCUCCAAAAGUACCACUUUUGAUGGAUCAUUGACACAGAAGAUGCAGAUUCCUAUACUUCCUCAAGAGCCACCUUCCAAUUCUUUAAAAAUUUCCGAUGUAAUUACUAGAAACACUAAUGAUCCAGGUUUAAGGUCAAAACACGUAAUGGAGGGUCAGAAGAUCAUUACAUUAGACACAGCUACGGAAAUUGAAGGCUUAUCAACUGGUUGCAAGGUUUAUGCAAAUAUCGGUGAAGAUACUUAUGAUGUAGUGAUCCCUGUCAAAGAUGACCCUGAUGGAGGGGAGGCCAAACUUGAAAAUGAGCUACCAAAACCAUCUGGCAGUGAGCCAUCAAACAAGCGUAUGAAAGUAAAACAUGAUGAUCACUAUGAGUUAAUAGUAGAUGGAAGGGUCUAUUAUAUUUGCAUUGUAUGCAAAAGGUCAUAUGUCUGUCUUACAAGCUUGCGAAGACAUUUUAACAUUCAUUCUUGGGAGAAGAAGUAUCAAUGCCGUUACUGUGAUAAGGUAUUUCCUCUUGCAGAAUAUCGCACAAAGCAUGAAAUUCAUCACACAGGGGAGCGGAGGUAUCAGUGUUUAGCGUGUGGCAAAUCUUUUAUCAACUAUCAGUUUAUGUCUUCACACAUAAAGUCAGUUCAUAGUCAAGAUCCUUCUGGGGACUCAAAGCUUUAUCGCUUACAUCCAUGCAAGUCUUUACAGAUCAGACAGUAUGCAUACCUUUCUAGUAAUAAGUCAAGUGCUAUGCCUGUCAUGAAGGAUGAUGCUGUUGGGUAUAAGGUUGAUGCUGGAAAAGAGCCUCCGGUAGGGACCACAUCUGCUACUCCUCAGAACAAGUCAACGUUCUGGGAAGAUAUUUUUAUUCAGCAAGAAAAUGAUUCCAUUUUUAAACAGAAUGUAACCGAUGGCAGUACUGAGUUUGAAUUUAUAAUACCAGAAUCUUACUGAAUGCUUGGAAUAUCAGGAAGUUUGGGUUGAAUUAAGGGGCAGGAAUUUCAGAAGACCUGUAAAACAAGUCAAGGUGGAAACAUGUUAAUUUGAUCUGCCAUGUCCUCUGAAAGUAGACUAGUUGCAUUGUUAAUUUUUAGAAACAGUUUCCCUUAAAAGUUUGAGUAGAGAUUGAACAUCCCUGAAGUAUCUGUAUAGUUAGCUUUCAGCUCAUUUAAAAAGGAAAUUUCUAAAGGUGCAGGGAUAUAGUUUUCUGAAUAGACUUUAAAGAAAUCUAUAUGUUCUUUGAGAAUUACUGGAGUUACUAAUAUACCCUAGUACAGCUAUAAUGUUCCCCUUCCAGGUUAACACUCUAUUGCUGAUUUUUCAAUGUUCUUAAUGUUAAGACUAAGUGUGUUGUGUUUUAUAUUGCAUAAGAAGUAAUAAAUGUCCAAAAGUUGUGCUAGUAAAUAUCAGAGUAAGUCCUUACUUGGUUUAUUCUGUCAAUCCAAAUGGAGCUCCGCCUUCUGCCUCUCUCCCACCUGAAAGAGCCAUGCAAACAAGCCUCUCCUAUGAAGACUGAGUUAGCUGUAGCUAACUAGAAUUAACCAUUGCUUAUAUUUCCAUCCUCUGAUUUUGAUGGCAAGGCUACUGUAUACCUUUAGCAUAUGGUCCCGGGGUUAGAGAGAGCUAGCAGACAUGCAUGCAGUGCAGACAGGACGUUCUUUUGUACAUUAACUUUGCUCUUCUGCUUUCAUAUGAUAGCAGCAGUCGAGCUGAAUGGAGAGCUCCUUUUGUUAAUUAUGAUUAAAAAAUGUCCACAAAAUGCUGUGAAUUUAUCUGAAAGCCACCAAAUGCAUCCUUAUAUGUAAUGCUAGUAAAUGUUGAGAUUCCAUAGAUGAGACUUGUGGUUUGGGGGUGGGAAGCUGCUGGUCCAGCUUUUUAAAUGCUCAUGUUAGAAUCUCCAGUGGGAAGUUUUCAUUUUAAGUAGUUUAAAUGGCAAUCUAGGGUUGUCAUUUCAACAAGGUCUUUUGAGUUUUUUAACCCCUUAAAAUAAGUUCCAAUCUACGUGUAAAGUGCUACAAUGUUAUAGCAGCAACCAUAACUGGAAUACUGCAGGCACAUUGCUUCUUGUUUAUUUUGACAGUAACACCAGCUUUCUUCCUUUUAAGAUGGCACAUAUUUAAACACUUAGAAAAAUUGAAAAUUUACCCAAGAGCUAGUAAUAAAAGAAAGCAGGUUGGAACAGAUAUAUAGUUUAGCAUUUAUAACAAAUUUAAUACA